CCGACUAUGUUCAGCUGUCAGGGCACAACGUGAACGCCGCAUAGAAUGCUCUGAGAAACGUUGAUCUUUUGUUGACUUAUAUGAGAAUACUUGAAAUAUUUAUUAAUAUAGUGUAAGCACGAAUUACAAUAUGCUCGCAAGAACAAGAUUAUUGUCACGUAAUCUAUCCGUCAUCAGACAAAGUUCUAUUAAUAUACCUAUGGAAAAUAAACAAAAUGUUUCCUAUGGAUACCCGAAUUUAAUGCACACAAGAAAUAAAGCUACAACACCUAUCAAUACAAUCAUCAUGUUUGUGCCACAGCAAGAGGCAUGGAUAGUGGAAAGAAUGGGAAAGUUUCACAGAAUCCUGGAACCAGGAAUCAAUAUCCUUAUACCUAUUGUGGAUCGAGUAAAGUAUGUCCAAAGUCUUAAAGAAAUUGCUAUUGAUGUUCCUAAACAAAGUGCAGUCACAUCUGACAAUGUUACUCUCAACAUUGAUGGAGUUCUUUAUUUGAGGAUAAAUGAUCCAUAUUUGGCAUCUUAUGGGGUAGAAGAUCCUGAAUUUGCCAUUAUUCAACUAGCUCAGACAACAAUGCGAUCCGAACUUGGAAAGAUAUCUUUAGACAAAGUGUUUCGUGAAAGAGAAGGUCUCAAUGUUGGCAUUGUAGAAAGCAUUAACAAAGCAAGUGAGGCCUGGGGAAUAACUUGUCUUCGUUAUGAAAUUCGUGAUAUAAGGCUACCACAACGUGUACAAGAAGCUAUGCAAAUGCAAGUGGAAGCUGAAAGAAAAAAACGAGCUGCUAUUUUAGAAUCAGAAGGUGUGAAGGAAGCUGAUAUUAACGUAGCACUAGGAAAACGUCAAGCCAGAAUUCUUGCUUCAGAGGCUCAACGACAAGAACAAAUAAAUAAAGCAUCUGGAGAAGCUGCAGGACUUUUGGCAAUUGCUGAAGCUCGGGCUCAGAGCUUGAAGAUAGUAGCUAGUUCGUUAGCUUCUGAGGAUGGCAAGAAUGCAGCAGCUUUAAGUGUUGCUGAACAAUAUGUCCAUGCUUUCAAUAAAUUGGCUAAAACUAAUAAUACACUGAUUCUACCUAGUAAUGCUGGUGAUGUACCUAGUUUGGUUGCUCAGGCUAUGACAAUUUACAAGCAAGUUUUACCUCGGAGUGAAAAUUUUUCUCAAGAGAUAUCACCAUCUACAAAAACUGAGCCGCGAAGCAAAGUUCCCUUGUCUAUCGAAUCCUCUGAUGAUGUCUUUGAAUACUUUAGUGAUAAAGAAGAAGCUGAUAAGCACAGAAAAACCGACAAACAAAACCCCAAAAUAGUAUAAACCUUUGUUGUUAUUAAUAAAGGUUAACUUUAUAA